ACGUGCUACGGUAAGCGUACUGACUCACUUCCGGUUUCCUUCCUGCUCUGUGUACACUGUUUGGUGCUGUAGCUCUGUCAGUGAACGCUAAAUAUAAAUUAGUUUUACUCGUUACAGCGGUUAUUUACCCGCUUAACAUUUAAACGUAGACUAGUUCUACUUAAACACUUGGAGUUUCUCCCUCUUUUAGGGACUUUUCACUACUUUCAAAGUUUUUCAUACACUCUAGUUUCAUUAGCAUUAGCAGUUAGCUUUGGCUUCUCCCUCUCCCUCUCCUCUGUCCUGCUCAGUGUGUCAGAUGUUCAGUUAUUCCUCUGCCUCCUUUAAAGAUAAUGGUACCUGUAUUAAAUGUAGUUUAUUUACUGCGCUGGAGGCGAGGCUUAGUGAGUUAGAGGAACGGCACCGCACCACGGAGAUAUCUUUAGCCCCUAUAGUUAGCCAGCCCCCGGUAGCCGGUGCAGUCCGACCAAAGGUAGCUUCUGUUAGCUCUGUAGUUCCCCCGGUAGUUCCCGAGCAGCCGGGAAGACAGGGAGGCUGGGUGACUGAGCGAAGGAAGACUAGAACGGCGAAGCCCACAGGUCACCACCAACCGCUUCACGUUUCCAAUACAUUUUCCCCACUCAGCGAUACACCCGCUGAGGAACCAACUCUGGUUAUUGGCAGCUCCAUAGUCAGAAACGUGAAGUUAGCGAAGCCAGCGGCCAUAGUCAAAUGCAUCCCUGGGGCCAGAGCGGGCGACAUUGAAUCAAAUUUAAAACUGCUGGCUAAAGAUAAACGUAAAUACAGUAAGAUUGUUAUCCACGUCGGCGGUAACGACACCCGUUUACGCCAAUCGGAGGUCACUAAGAUUAAUGUGGAGUCGGUGUGUAACUAUGCUAAGACAAUGUCGGACACCGUAGUUUUCUCUGGACCCCUCCCCAAUGUGACCAGUGAUGACAUGUAUAGCCGCAUGUUGUCAUUCCACCGCUGGCUGUCGAGGUGGUGUCCAGCAAACGAUGUGGGCUUCAUUGAUAACUGGAAGCCUUUUUGGGGAAAACCUGGUCUGAUUAGGAGAGAUGGCAUCCAUCCCACUUUGGAUGGAGCGGCUCUCUUAUCUAGGAAUAUGGCGAAGUUUAUCUCUAAAACCUGACAGUCCAGAGUUAGGACCAGGAAGCAGAGCUGCUGUCUUACACACUUCUCUGCGCUUUCUUUAGAACAGUCACCCACCCAAAACCCCAUAGAGACUGUGUCUGUCCCCCGACCACCUAAACUAUUUAAAGAAAUAAAAACAAGAGGAGUUCAACAUAAAAAUCUAAUAAAAAUUAAAACCAACUCCUCAGUAGCACAAAAUAAGAGAAUGAAAUGUGGGCUGUUAAAUAUCAGGUCUCUGUCCUCUAAAGCUGUUUUAGUGAAUGAAUUAAUAUCAGAUUAUGAUAUUGAUUUACUUUGUCUUACUGAGACCUGGUUGUCCCACGAGGAGUAUGUUAGCCUAAAUGAAUCCACCCCCCCAGUCAUAUUAAUACUCACAUUCCUCGAGGCACAGGCCGAGGAGGUGGAGUAGCAGCUAUAUAUGAUUCGAGCGUUUUAAUGGACCCUAAACCUAAACUAAAUUAUAAUUCAUUUGAAAGCCUUGUUCUUAGUCUUUCUCACCCAAACUGGAAAACACUGCAGCCAGUUCUAUUUGUUAUAGUGUACCGCGCUCCUGGACCGUACUCUGAUUUUAUAUCUGAAUUUUCAGAGUUUCUAUCAAAGUUAGUCCUUAAAUCAGAUAAAGUAAUUAUUGUAGGUGAUUUUAAUAUUCAUGUGGAUGUUGACAAUGACAGCCUUAGUAAUGCAUUUAUAUCAUUAAUAGACUCAAUUGGCUUCUGUCAGAGUGUAAAUAAACCAACUCAUUGUUUUAAUCACACUCUUGACCUUGUUUUAUCCUAUGGCAUUGAUAUUGAACAUUUAAUAGUCUUCCCACAUAAUCCUUUCCUAUCUGACCAUUAUUUAGUAACUUUUGAAUUCAUACUAUUAGAUUAUAAGCCAUUAGGCAAAACUUUCUACAGCAGAUGUCUAUCUGACAGUGCUGUAGCUAAAUUUAAGGAGGAGAUUCCUUCAGUGUUUAAUUCAAUGCCAUGUCUGAAUUUAACAGAGUCCUAUAACAACUUUAGUCCCUCUGAAAUUGAUAAUCUUGUCGAUAGUGCUACAGGCUCACUACGAUCAACAUUAGACUCUAUCGCUCCUAUAAAAAGGAAAUUAUUAAAACAUAGGAGACUAGCACCUUGGUAUAACCACCAAACCCGCCAGUUAAAGCAAAUAGCUAGGAAAUCUGAAAGGAAAUGGCGCUCUUCCAAAUUAUCAGAAUAUCGCUCAAAUUGGCAAGAUGAUCUUAAGAUUUAUAGAAAGGCCCUCCGUAAUGCCAGAGGAGCCUAUUACUCAGCACUAAUAGAAGAAAAUAAGAACAACCCUAGGUUCCUCUUCAGCACUGUAGCCAGGCUGACAGAGAGUCACAGCUCUAUCGAGCCACAUAUCCCCAUAAACUUAAGUAGCAAUGACUUCAUGAGCUUCUUCUAUAAUAAAAUUAUUACUAUUUGAGAAAAAAUUAAUCACCAACUGCCAUCAACAGUUAUCAGUGGCUCUCCAAGUUCAGGGACUUCUGUCAAUGUAAACUUAGAUGUAUAUUUAGACUAUUUUUCUGCUAUCGAUCUUCAUCAGUUAACUUCAAUCAUUUCUUCAUCGAAGUCAUCAACCUGUCUGUUAGACCCGAUCCCAACUAGGCUGCUUAAAGAAGUUGUUCCCUUAAUUGGCACUUCUUUACUGGAUAUGAUUAAUCUUUCUUUAUUAUCAGGAUAUGUACCACAGUCCUUUAAAGUAGCUGUAAUUAAACCCCUUCUUAAAAAGUCCACUCUUGACCCAGGGGUUUUAGCCAACUAUAGACCGAUUUCUAACCUCCCGUUCCUCUCUAAGAUUCUGGAGAAAGUAGUCGCCAAAGAGUUGUGUGACUUUCUACAUAACAAUAGUUUAUUUGAGGAUUUUCAGUCAGGAUUUAGAGUUCAUCAUA